AUGUUUACACCAGCAGCUGAUGUUUAUAGUCUUGGUGUUAUUAUGACAGAAAUAUCAACUGGAAAACAAGCUUUUGAAGGUGUAGAAUUUAUUCAUGGGACACCUAACUGCUAUGUUAAAUUAGCUAAAAGGUGUAUGGAUUCCAAUCCUAAAAAACGACCUACUGCAAAAUCUCUUAAUCAUCAAGUUGGAUUUUGGAUAGAAGAAAUGUUCAGUUUGGAUGACGAUAAUGAAGUCAAAAAACAAUUUUUAGAAAGUGAUAAUGAAGUCAAAAAACAAUUUUUAGAAAGUGAUAAUUCGUUACAAGUAAUUAAUACAAAUAAAAACUUGUCUCCAAUGAGCAAACCCAUUGAUACCGUCGAUGUUUUAGAAUAA